AUGCGGCCUGUUGAGGAGGGGCCGACAGCCGUCCUCCAGCCUCCACCCAACUCUGUAGCUCAGCUCCUCUCAGGGCCUCAGUGGGGUGCUUGGUGCUCUGGGGCCCCGCACCUGCAGCAUCAGGAGAACGCGGUGGAGGGAGAUGCCUGCUACUACCACUGUGUGCUGUGUAACUACUCCACCAAGGCCAAGCUCAACCUGGUCCAGCAUGUGCGCUCCAUGAAGCACCAGCGCAGCGAGAGCCUGAGGAAGCUCCAGCGCCUGCAGAAGGGCCUGCCUGAGGAUGACGAGGAGCUCAGCGCCAUCUUCACCAUCCGCAAGUGUCCGUCUGCUGAUACAGGAGAGCUGAGCGAGGAUGUGGAGGCUGCCAGUGAGACCACCACAGAGCAGGAGGACCAAACCAAAGACAGAGAAGGUGGGGGGGAGAAGGAGCUCACCAAAGGGACAGGAUCCAGCCAGUCAGAGAGGGACCAGACAGACUCCCCGAACCCCUCUAAGAGGCCCUCCUCACGGUCAGGGGCCACAGGGAGCCCCCUCUCCUCCAAGCGUCCCAGGACGGCUGAGAAGAGUGUUGCUGCGGAGCAGAUGUACCAAUGUCCCUACUGCAAGUUCAGCAACACGGACCUGAACCGCCUGAGAAUGCACGUGAUGACGCAGCACUCUGUCCAGCCCAUGUUCCGCUGCCCGCUCUGCCAGGACAUGCUGAACAACAAGAUCCAUCUGCAGUUCCACCUCACACACCUCCACAGCGUGGCGCCCGACUGCGUGGAAAAGCUCAUCGCCACGGUGACGGCAUCAGAGGUUCUGCCAGAAAGCAUGUUCAUACCAGUACCAGGCCCAGACAGAGAGGCACAAAGCAGCACCCCACAGGCCACGGCUAACUCCAGCUCUGAAGAUAUCAAGAAACAAGCCGAACCUUUAGAUGCUGAGCCUGAGAAAGGGGUCUCACUGCCUACAGAAAUAGCUGAAGCUCGCAAGUCACCUCUGGAGGAUCAGCAGUCUGGGAGGGAAGACACAGGAUUCCUGUGUUGGAAGAAAGGCUGUAACCAGGUCUUCAAGUCCUCUAACUCCCUCCAGGUGCACUUCAACGAGGUUCACAACAAAAGGCCUCAGCUGCCUGUCUCAGACCGGCAUGUCUACAAGUAUCGCUGCAACCAGUGCAGCCUGGCCUUCAAGACGGUGGAGAAACUGCAGCUGCACUCGCAGUACCACGUCAUCAGAGCAGCCACCAUGUGCUGCCUCUGUCAACGCAGCUUCAGGACCCUGCAGGCCUUGAAGAAACAUUUGGAGACCAGCCACCUAGAGUUGAGCGAGGCUGACAUCCAACAGCUCUAUGGAGGCUUACUGAUGAACGGAGACCUUAUGGUGAUGGGAGAUCCAUCACUUGGAGAGGACCACGGUGGACUGGGAGAAGAUGACAAAGAGGGAGAGGACAGUGACCAAGAGGAGAAGCAAAGCCCAACAGGUAGCGACUCUGGCUCAUUGCUAGAAGAUUUUGGAUCAGAGCCCAAGCGUGCCCUGCCAUUCAGGAAAGGUCCUAACUUUACCAUGGAAAAGUUCCUGGACCCAUCUCGUCCUUUCAAGUGCACAGUGUGCAAAGAGUCAUUUACACAGAAGAACAUUCUUCUGGUUCACUACAACUCUGUCUCACACCUGCACAAGGUCAAGCGGGCCCUACAGGAGUCCACCACUGGUCAACCAGAGCCCACCAGCAGCCCUGACAACAAACCAUUCAAGUGCAGCACUUGCAACGUGGCUUACAGCCAGAGCUCUACUCUAGAGAUCCACAUGCGCUCUGUCCUCCACCAGACCAAGGCCCGAGCAGCCAAGCUUGAAGCAGCAGGAGGAAACACCAGCUCCAGCAGUGGUUCUGGAUUAAGUGGCGGUGGAUCCUCCAUCAGCACUUCAACUCCAAGCCCAAGCCCAGCUACUAACUCAACAACCAGCUCCAGCAACCACAGCUCUUCUGGGGCUCAGACUACACAGAGUAUUCUUGGAGGCAACCACAUGAGCCAGUCUCACAGCAUUGAAAGCCUUGGGAACUCCUCAAUGACUUGUCAUCCGUCUGAAAACCAUGAAUCAAAAAAGAAGAAAUUUGCAGACAUGCUCUCUGCAAGGGGACAGCAGCACCAGCAGCAGCAGCAGCUUCAGCAGCAACAGCAACAGCAGUUGGCUCAGGCCCAAGCCCAAGCCCAGGCCCAGCUUCAACAAGAGCUCCAGCAGCAAGCUGCCCUCAUCCAGUCCCAGCUUUUCAACCCAGCACUUCUGCAGCACUUCCCCAUGACAACUGAUGCUCUUCACUCACUGCAGCAACAGCAGCUGCUCUUCCCUUUCUACAUCCCUGGAGCAGAAUUCCAACUGAAUCCAGAGAUGAACCUCAACAGUUCUGCACUUGGCCUGUCAAGCUCCACUGCCAACUCUCUGUUGGAGGACCUGAAGAACUCUGCCCAGCAGGCUCAGGCUCAGAGCUGCCUGCAACAACAGCUGAUGCACCACCACCUUCAGCAGCAGCACCAACAGCAGCAGGCCCAAGCCCAUUCUCAGGCCCAGGGCCAGAUGGCUUUGCUUCAGCAGAGUGCCAAUCUCCUUCACCAGGCUGAGAAAAAGCAGAAGGCCGCUGCCGCCCACAAUGAGAAGCAAGAGAGAGAAAGGGAAAUACAAAGAGAAAAAGACUUAAGAGAGAAAAUUGAGGAACAUGUCACAAAAGACAGCUCUGACAACAAGUCAAACGAAAAAAAGGAUAUGCAACAGACUGCAAUGAACUCCAACCACGAUCCUGGCUUUCCUCCACCAAGGAUUGCUUCAGAUGCUCGUGGAAAUGCCACUAAAGCCCUUCUGGAGAACUUUGGGUUUGAGCUAGUGAUUCAAUACAAUGAAAACAAGCAGAAAGCUCAGAAGAAGCCAGCGGGGCCUGGACCAGCUGGAACAAGCACGCCUGGUGGGAUCACAAGAGUGGUGGACCCCAUCGAGGGAUUGGAGAAGCUGGAAUGUGAGGCCUGUGGAAAACUAUUUUCCAACAUACUAAUUCUGAAGAGUCAUCAGGAGCACAUCCAUCAGGCCUUCUUCCCAUUCCGCUCCCUGGAGAGAUUUGCCAAGGAAUAUAGAGAGCAGUAUGACAAACUGUAUCCACUCAGACCCCAGACACCAGAGGCUGCUCCUCCUGCUCCUGCACCUCCUCCUCCUCCUCCUCCUCCUCCUCCUCCACCUCCACCCCCUCCACAGAGAGCCCCAACACCAAAUAUUCCUGUCUCUGCUCCCUCCAUCACACCCCCAACUGUGUCGACCCCACAGCCUCCUGUUCAAAUGGCUCAAAUUUCCAUGCCAAUGGAUAUGCCCCUCUUCUCACCACUCAUGAUGCAGUCAAUGUCUCUACAGUCCAUGCCCUCCCAAAUGCAAUCCCAGAUGUCAUCUGUGGAGUCACAGUCACUGGCUAAUGAUCUGGCCCAGCUUUACCAACAGCAACUUACACCAGCCAUGCUACAGCAGCAGCAGAAUAAGAGGCCCAGGACACGUAUCACUGAUGACCAGCUUAGGGUCCUUCGGCAGUACUUUGACAUCAACAACUCCCCCAAUGAGGAGCAUAUUAAGGAGAUGGCAGAUAAGUCAGGGCUGCCCCAGAAAGUCAUCAAACACUGGUUCCGCAACACCCUCUUUAAAGAGCGCCAGCGCAACAAAGACUCACCCUACAACUUCAACAACCCACCCAUUACCACUAUGGAGGAUAUCAAAAUUGACUCUAAACCCCCUUCCCCUGAGCCUCAAAGACAGGAAUGUUAUGGGAGUAAAAGAUCCUCAAGAACAAGGUUUACAGACUACCAAUUGCGGGUGCUUCAGGACUUCUUUGAUGCUAACGCCUACCCCAAAGAUGAUGAAUUUGAACAGCUCUCCAACCUUCUGAGCCUCCCCACUCGUGUCAUUGUGGUUUGGUUCCAAAAUGCUCGUCAGAAGGCACGCAAGAAUUAUGAAAACCAGGGGGAUGGAAGUAAAGAUGGUGAACGAAGAGAACUGUCCAAUGACCGUUACAUUCGCACCACCAACCUGAACUACCAGUGCAAGAAAUGCAGUCUGGUUUUCCAGCGUAUAUUUGACCUCAUAAAGCACCAAAAGAAGCUGUGUUACAAAGAUGAAGACGAUGACGGGCAAUACGACAGCCAAAACGAGGACUCUAUGGAUCUUUCUCAUGAAUACUACACCCCCUCUGGGUCCUCCUGUCACACCCCUAUGCCUUCUUCCUCAAGCCUCUGCCCUCUCCCUCCCUCCACCUCAGCUUUUUCCCACCUCUCAUCCUCUGAAAAGGAGGAAGCCUCACCAGCUAACACAUCAAACUCUUAUGAUGAGAAGCCCAAACAUUUGGCUGAAAUGUCCUCAGAUCCACGUGAGCACCAGACCACCAUCAAACAGGAGACUGUGCAUCAGCCCCAAUCUGAGACUCAACAUCAGAGAAGAGAAGCACGAGAUGAGAAGCCACAAACAGCCCCAAAGACAAACAAGCAUUCUUCUCCUUCCCUCUCUCAGCAGCAACGUGAGUGUGGUCCCUCAGCCUCUCAGACAAGCCAGGCUGAGAGAGCUUCUCAGAGCUCCCACAUGGGCCUCAACCCUCACAUGAGCUCUGCAUCACAGCAACAGCUGGCACAGCAAAUGAUCCAAUACCAGUGUGAGCAGUGCAAGCUUGGCUUCCCAUCCUUUGAGCACUGGCAGGAGCACCAGCAACUCCACUUCCUCUCUGUGCAAAACCAAUUCAUCCACCCUCAGUUCUUGGACCGCCCAAUGGACAUGCCCUUCAUGUUGUUUGAUCCUAGCAAUCCCCUGUUGGCCAGUCAACUGCUCUCUGGGGCUAUGCCACAGAUCCCAAGCAGCUCUGCCACCUCUCCAUCAACACCCACCUCCACCAUGAACUCCCUGAAGAGGAAGUUGGAGGAGAAAGCAGGAACUAGCCCAGGAGAGAAUGACAGCACCAACAGUGGGGAGGAGCCACAAAGAGACAAGCGCCUAAGGACUACCAUCACACCUGAGCAGCUGGAGAUCCUCUACCAGAAAUACCUGUUGGACUCAAACCCCACUCGUAAAAUGCUUGACCACAUCGCUCAUGAGGUGGGACUGAAGAAGAGGGUAGUGCAAGUUUGGUUCCAAAAUACCAGAGCCAGGGAAAGGAAGGGGCAGUUUCGGGCUGUAGGGCCUGCUCAAGCUCACCGGCGAUGCCCUUUUUGUCGUGCUCUCUUCAAGGCGAAAACUGCACUAGAGGCACAUAUCCGUUCCCGCCAUUGGCAUGAAGCCAAACGUGCCGGUUACAACUUAGCUCUCUCUGGCAUGUUCACUGAGGAAGGGAUGCAAAUGAAGAUGGAUCCUCUGGAUAUCUCCAGCUAUUCCCAGCUUGCCCCUUCUAACAAUGAUGGACAAUGCUCCUCUCUGUCACCAGUGAGCAAAAACAUGGACUUGUCUCCAAGGGCCCUUUUGAGCCCUUCAUCCAUUAAAGUUGAAGGAGGAAUGGAGGACUUUGAGAGUCCAUCUAUGUCCUCUGUCAACCUUAGCUUUGACCAGAACAAACUUGAUAAUGACGACUGUUCUUCAGUGAAUACGGCCAUCACAGAUACCACCACUGGUGAUGAGGCCAAUGCUGACAAUGACAGUGCUGAUCAAAAGCAUGGUCAAAAUAGUGGUGAUUAUCUAUCUAAGUCUGUGGGUACAGCCCCCUCCCUUGAAAAUGACGACCAGAUGUCCUCAGGGCUGGUGAGCCCUGCGACAAGCUAUUAUGCUAGAGACUAUGAAAAUGAGAAUAUAAUUGACUACAGUGAGACCUCCAGUCUGGCUGAUCCCUGCUCACCAAGCCCCGGAGCUUCCGGCAGCAGGAGCAUCGACAGUGGAGACCGUCCUGGCCAAAAGCGCUUCCGAACUCAGAUGACUAACCUCCAGCUGAAGCUGCUCAAGUCCUGCUUCAAUGACUACAGGACACCUACCAUGCUGGAGUGUGAGGUACUUGGCAAUGAUAUCGGACUUCCAAAGAGGGUGGUUCAGGUGUGGUUCCAGAAUGCUCGCGCCAAGGAGAAAAAGGCCAAGCUCAGCAUGGCUAAGCACUUCGGGAUCAACCACACAUCCUACGAGGGGCCGAAGACGGAAUGCUCUUUGUGCGGUGUCAAGUACAGUUCCCGUCUCUCCGUGCGAGAUCACAUCUUCUCUGCGCAACACAUCACCAAGGUAAAGGACACCAUUGGGAGCCAACUGGACAAGGAGAAGGAGUACUUUGACCCAGCCACUGUCCGCCAGCUGAUGGCCCAGCAGGAGAUGGAUCGCAUCAAGAAAGCCAAUGAGGUCCUGGGACUGGCACAGCAGCAAGCCAUGCAGCAGCAGGGGAUCUUUGAUAGCCCCGCCCUGCAGGCCCUGAACCUUCAGUCUGCCUAUUCAAAUCUGCAAGGGAUGCCCCCUGGACUUCUGCCAGGUGUCGGAAGCACCUCCCUACCUGGCUUUAACUCAUCAAACUCAGCUUUAACUCCUCCCAAACCUCCAAACCUCCUGAACAUGCCUGGUGCCAGUGUUCCUUCACCCAGCCUCCCUACAUCUGGAUUACCCAACAAGCCUCCCUCCUCCUCCUCCUUGGCAUCACCCAGCCCAGCACAGGCCAACACAUCUGUCGCCCACUCCAGCCCUACUUCCACCUCCACCACCACAACAACCCAGUCAGGCUCCCGGCCUGAACAUCCCAAAGAGCGUAAUGUUGAGAGGUCAAGAGAGAAGGAGAAGCCCCACCACAAGGAGAAGACAGAGAAGCCCUCAACGCCAUCCUCCACAGGAGGCACCCCAGCCCCAUCCACCUCUGCUGCCAGCGCCAAGAAAGAAAAACAAGACGCAGCUGUGCCCGCCACCUCCAUGCCCACACCGGGUAUGGAGUAUGUGGUGGACCCUGCCCAGCUCCAGGCCCUGCAGGCUGCCUUGGCAUCGGACCCUACAGCUCUACUGACUAGUCAGUUCCUGCCCUACUUCAUGCCUGGAUUUUCCCCUUAUUACGCCCCGCAGAUACCUGGAGCUCUCCAAGGCGGCUAUCUGCAGCCAAUGUACGGCAUGGAAAGCAUGUUCCCCUACAACCCAACAUUGUCCCAAACGCUGAUGGGCCUGUCCCCAGGGUCCCUGCUUCAGCACUACCAGCAAUAUCAGCAGAGCCUGCAGGAGGCACUACAGCAGCAGCAGCAGCAGCUUCAGCAGAUCCAGCAACCCAAAGCGAGCCAAACUCCAGUUCCCCUUCAACCUUUGGGGGACCGCAAAGAAUCUGCCAAAGAUCCAGCGAAAACAGAGGAGCAGAAAGGCAACCCCCACAGAGAGACCUCUUCCUCCUCCUCCUCCUCUCACAAUAACCUACCCUCCAAGCAGAACGAGAUGGAUGGCAAAGUCGCAGACCCCCUUCUAGACCAGUACAUCGUCCCCAAGGUGCAGUACAGGCUGGCGUGUCGCAAAUGUCAAGCAGUCUUCAGCAAGGAAGAAGCGGCCGUCAAUCACCUGAAGUCUAUCUGCUUUUUCGGUCAGUCUGUGGCAAACCUGCAAGAGGUGUUGCUGCGUGUCCCCAGUGGCACAGGUGCAGGGGUGGGCAGCCUCUACGACUGCCUGGCCUGCGACACCACGUUGGAUGGGGACAAAGCGCUUCGUCAACACCUGGAUUCGGCUUUGCACAAACACAGAACAAUCAAGCGAUCAGCCAGAAAUGCCAAAGAGCACGCUACUAGUUUAUUACCUCACUCUUCAGCCUGCUUCCCCGAUCCUAACACCGCAUCUACCUCGCAGUCUGCCACUCAUCUCAUCAGCACCCCCCCUCCCCCGCCAACGACAUCAGCCACCAUGCCAUCCUCCUCUGUCUCUUCAUCCUUGUGCUCCUCCUCUGCCACCCCACUCAACACCACAGCUGCCGGCAAACCCUGGCCCCAGGCCCCUUUCUCCAGAGCUUUAGCUGGGAAGCCCAAUGCCACUCCUUCUUCUUCUUCUUCUUCUUUUCCUCCAGUAUCCUCACAUUCAACGGUUACCUCAAGUUCAUUGAGCACCUCAGGAGUUCAGACCUCGAUACCAACAGACGUCUUUACCGACGAGUCUGACUCUGACAGCAGUCAGAAGUCAGCAGACAGGCUGGGCAGGACGGCGGAGGUGCCGCAACAGCCCGGCUGUCUCAAAGACAGUAGUAGUUGUAGUAGUAAUCUUGCUAGUGUAGGAACGGACUCCAUCAGAUUGUAAAAGAGCUUUCGGUGAUGGACAAUAUUUUAAAAACGCAAAAGACAAAAAAAAACACAAAUGGGAAAAAACAAACAAAAAAGCAGCGAUGUUAAAAUACGUUUAAAAGUAUACAAAACAAUUUCAGAAAAAGAUGUGUAAAGACUAACUGCAAUUCCAAAGCUUGUAACCAAAAAUUUAAAUGUUACUGGAUUGUUUUCCCAUAUCAACAUGCUGGUUUUCAUUUCUUUCAACUGAAAUAUAUACAUAUAUAUGUAUACGAAUAGAAAAGAUCACUGCAGUUAAGUUUUGGGUAAUGAUAGAGGAAUGCUGUAUAGCAAUGGACUGCCUCAAAGUUGUUAAAUGCCCCAAGAACCCUUUUGACAAAGUCAACAAGCUGUCCCUUGUUUGUGUAAUUAUUUCCACUUAAUAGCACAGUCACAAAAAGCCAGUAUGUACUGUAUGGGAGAAUAGUCUAACAGUUUUCUGCUGUCAAAGCGUUCAAAUACCAAUGGCUUGCAAAAGUAAAAAGAAUAAUGUAAUGUCUAUUUUAUUCUCAGGUCAACAGCUCACAGACGUUUUUCUGUUACAGAAAUUCAUUGUUUUACACCUUUUGUUCCGAACAGGAAAAACAUUUGUUUUUUUCUCCAGAAAUUGAUUUUAACGACAGAAAGUUUUAAAAUGAGUGAAAAUAUCAUAAAGGCAUAGCUUUCUGGGCAUUUAAAAGGGUAGCUGAUCUGCUGAUUUUAAAAAUUUGAAAUACUCUUAAAGGGGGAAAUUUAGCAAUCCCAUUUUACCCAGACACGGAGAGCAUUGCAGACAUGUUGAUGGGGGAUAAAAAAGAUUUUUUUGAUAAAAAAAACUUUCUGUAUUUAUGAUAGAUAUGAACAUUUUUGGUGUUAAGUAGAUUGUUGCAUUGGAAAUGAAUUUAAACAGUAUGGUAGAUUGAAAAAAAACUUUGUGUACAUUUAGCUUUUGUAUCGUCCAACUUUAAGGCGCUUCAUUUGAUGUUGUCUUGGUCAUUCCGAUAGACUAGAUUAUGGAGCAGUAACUUAUCUAAACUUUAUUUCUGUCUUAUUCUCGGCUUCUUGGCUAACGUUCACCCAACUGCCACUCUCCCACUAGGCAGGAUCCUCUCUUUCAAAAUGUUUUUUCUCUGUUUUGGUUGGUAUGGUUCUAACCAAAAAAGAAAAAAAGACCUGGGGUGAAAUGUUAAACAAUAUUUACUUUUAUUUCUGUUACCUUUGUGCACUUAACACUGUCUGACUCAUAAUUCUCACUUUACUUGUUCCUCUCUCUCCUCACUUUGUUUUUCUCCUCCCCUGCAUUUGUAGAUAUGGAGAUAGUUACUCCUCCUCGUGCACUACGAAGCAGUCCUUUUGUUCUUCAUGUAGUGUGGCUACAGUCUUUUUUCGGCUUUAUUUUCAUUUAGACUUUACGUUGUUGUUGUCAUAGAUGAAAAUUAAAAAAUAAUAAUAAUAAUAAUAAUUCUCACGCUUUAAAACAAAAAGAAAAUCCAAAGACUAAACACUUUCACCAUUGGUGCAUAAAGAUGAGAAAAGAGGCUUCUUUAUACUUGAGAAUUUGUUGCUGUUUUUAGAGGAAAGAAAACAAAGUUUUAAAAUAAAGGAGUACGCAUCAGAGUUGCCGUUUUUGCUUCUUUGCAAGCAGACAGGUGGCUUUUUUACGUAAAAUACCAAGAAUACCAAAAACCAAAAAAGGGCCCUUGUCCUUGCAUUGUGGAGUAGCACCGUUACAGAGCCAUUGCAGUUUGUAAGAUAGAGGUUAUAAAUCUUUGUUUUAACUUUUCUGUCACUCACAAAAAUUUCUUUUUUUUAAAGAAAAUGUAUGUCUGGUCUUCAAGGACAUACAUUUUGCUGCUAAUGUAGAAUUUUGAAAAAAGAAUACCUAGCUAGAUGCAUGCUCAUUUUGCUUUUUGGCUAAGCUUUAACUAAAACAACAAUAAACCAUUUUCUUGCCUCUG